AUGGCACCCAGACGGAGCGGCCACGGCUACGGCCAUAGCGCAGUUUGUGACGGCGCUUUCGCAAGCAUCGAGACGCAAGUCUCCCUCGCCUAUAUCAUCCUAUUCACCCUUGUUUUCUUCUUCAUUUUCGCCGCCUUGUUCUUCGUUCGCAAGCGGAGUGGUCGAACAGGCAAGGCACUUGUCAGUACAUCGUAUAUCAGUGCCGUCGUUAUGAUGCUCAUUUCAAACAUACUCGAAACAGUCUCCUUCAUCCUAAUCUCCUGCAACACGACAAACUACUUCAACUACCUAAAUAUGGUCAUUGCUUCAAACGUCUUCUACGCCCUAGCUACAUGGUGUCUCCUGUUCGUCACAGUAUACAUCCUCAAUGCACUUCUCACUCGAUACCUCCAUCUCGGUCGUGGCCAGCAAACAAGUCCCGUGGUUAAAGUCAUACCGCUGGCUGUUGUGACGGUCAUGUUACCGCUUAUCUGCGCUGGCAUGAGACUCUGGACCUACAUUACUAUCACGAGCGAUGCAGAAAGAUCGGGGGGUGGCGAUAUGAUCGUCAUGAAGAUGAGAGCUCGUAGGGUAGCUGGUGGAGGUCUCAUAGUCUGGGUGGCUGUGCUCUUCUUCUCGAUGCUACUGUGGAAUAUCUUGUCGCUCAUACGAGCAGCGGAGAUUCUGAGUGGCAUUACGUGGAAUUGGGGGGCCGAAAUGGCACAGGCGUAUCUACAGGGCGCGUUUCAGGCUUUGGCUUUUGUUGCGCUCAUGGGUAUUGCUAAACAUCCGUCAUGGGAGAGUAUGGAAGAUGCGGUCCAGCAGGAGUAUUCGCCUGUGGGACAGCAACAGGCGACGACUACUACGACGACGUAUGAGGGAGCGCAGCUGGAUCAUUUUCAGUCGCCGGCUGUUUAUGAGGCACCUGUUUACGUACAUGCCAAGUAA